AUCACGACAGUGUCAGGAGAUGAGUUCCUCUUCCAGUCGGAUAUCGACUUUCUCAUAUUGGAUUGGUUCCACGCUAUCAAAAAUGCGAUUGACAGAUUGCCAAAAGAAAGGAGCUGUACAUCGAGAAAUUUGGAGUUCAAACUCAGAAGAUCCUCCAGCAUCGAAUUACUGAAUAGCUUAGACACUGAAUCCAAAGAACCAAAGCCUGAACACAGAAAAUCUUUAAUUUUCAGACUGAACUACAGUGCCUCUGACACAAAUGACAGAAACAGAGUUAAAAGCAGAUUAAAGAAGUUCAUCUCCCGAAGACCCUCCUUGAAAACACUGCAAGAAAAGGGACUUAUUAAAGAUCAAAUUUUUGGGUCCCAUUUGCACUUGGUUUGUGAGCACGAGAAAUCUACAGUCCCUCAGUUUGUAAGACUGUGUAUAAAAGCUGUUGAAAGAAGAGGUCUAGAUGUUGAUGGAAUAUACAGAGUUAGCGGCAAUCUGGCAACAAUACAGAAGUUACGAUUUGUUGUCAAUCAGGGCAUAGAAAGAAAUCAGGAAGCAACAGGGUAUGUGGAAGAAGAGGGAAAGGGUUACAGCCUCGAGUUUCCCGAGAAGCACAGCUUGCAGUUCUGCUGCGGAGAAGGUUUCUCCAUCUGGCAAGCCUCCUGGGAUGCCAGACUGGAGCAACCAGUUUGCAGGAGCUGUACACGGGGACACCUUCCCCGGCCGGCCGUCAGUCACCGCAGCCAGCCCCGUACUGGUGCCAGUACUCUUGCUUCUACCCAUCAGCCUCCUACCAGUCUGCUCGGCGGCGUGAACUGGCUGCGCGGAGGCCGUAAAAUCUGCUAA